CUUCUCCCCACUUUUUAGCUAUUUCUCUGGAAAAUUCUUUUUUUUUCUUUUUUUUUAAACCUUUCUUUCAUGGAAAUACUACGACGACGCCAACGAUAGAGAAGAGAAAAAAAAACAGACAAUAUAAAGAGCGAACAUGGAUACGUUGAGCGAGUUGGACAAGUAUCUCUCAGAGGACAGUAAAAUGUCCCUCAAGGGUAUGGCGACCACUUUGGCCAUCAAUUUCGGUAUUGCAUUUGGCAUAUUCAUGCUCUUUAGUAUUUUACGUCCCAAUCAUUCUCUUGUUUACGCGCCACGAUACAAAUAUGCCAAAAAAACUGCGCAGCCACCUGCUAUACCGAAUGGAAUCUUUUCUUGGUUCAGACCUGUGAUGCAUACCGACGAAACCACCCUAAUCACAAUGAUCGGAUACGAUGCUGUCAUGUUUAUCCGGUUUAUGCGCAUGUUGCGAAAAAUGCUGUACAAGAUGACUGCUCUCGGCUUAUGUAUCAUGGUCAUAAACAUUGUUGCCACUUCGUAUACGGGAGAAUGGCCUCCUUCAACCGGCGUUGAUUUCUUAUCCAUUUCAACCAUCAACUAUUACGACGGCAAAUUCCAUUCGGACGGCAACCUGGGCUGGUACUGGGCCCAUUCUGUCGGCUCGUGGCUCGUUUCAUUUUUCAUCUGUCAAGGUCUGUUGUACAACUACCGUGAAUACGUAAAACUCAGACGCGACUACUUUGACAGCGACGAGUAUGAACGGUCUGUGCAUAGCAGAACCCUGCUUGUAUAUGACGUGCCCACUGCAUUGCAGUCCGAUGAGGCAUUGAGUGUUUGGGUUAAACGUAGUAUCGCUCAGCUCAAAUUCCCACCACAAGAAGUUCGGAUUGGUCGAAGAAACGAUCAGUUGGCCAAGUUUGUUGACGAGCAUGAAUCGGCUGUUCGUAACCUGGAAAAUACAUUGUCGAAACAUCUCAAAGAGCACAACGACGACGAAAAGUACGAUUCAGAAAAACGCCCUAUGAUCCGCAUCAACGGCCGUUUCUUUGGUUGUUGUGGCGGUCGUAAAGUAGAUGCCAUUGCAUACUACACCGAACGCAUCCAAACACUGAGUAAAGAGAUUAAUAUACUUCGAAGCAACAUGUCGUCGAACAAACCGACCAGCUACGGAUGGAUAUCUUUCGAACAACCUUUCCAUGCCCAUAUGGCGGCUCAAGCAAUGACUGCAUUCACACUAAAAUCCAUCAUAACUUCUGGUGCUUCAGUAGUAACCCCACACCAUAAUCCACGUAUCCUGCUUGCGCCACAGCCUAGAGACAUUCUCUGGAACAAUCUAUCCAAGAACCCUCACCUACGUCGUAGCAAACGCCUAGUCGGCGGCGUCAUCUUUUACGGCUUUGUAUUCUUGUUCUUCAUCCCGUCCAGCUUAUUGUCGGCAUCGACCAACGUUAAAGAUAUUGCUCGGAUCUUCCCCGACGGCAACCAAUAUGUCAAGGAACAUUCUACGUUUGUCUCGUUACUCGCAGCAUGGUUUUCUCCCAUCAUCAUGGCCUUGUUCUUUUUCAUUCUCCCCAAGAUUUUGCGGUUGUUGUCUCAGCAACAAGGUUACUUGACGCAAACGAGCGUGGAUCGUCAAGUGCUUUCGAAAUUGUAUAUAUUUUUCAUUGUCAACCAUCUCCUUGUAUUUACUAUUGCUUCCACGUUGUUGGCCAUGUAUGCUCAGAUCCAUAGUGCGGUCCAGGGUACCAAGCAGCUCACUCCUGCGAUGUUUUUUACCACAAUGGCCAAAAAUCUGACCCAAGUGGCUAAGAAUAUAAGUGAUGUCUCUACUUAUUGGGUUAAUUAUGUUUCCCUGAAAGGCCUUGGUGUGAUCAUGGAUCUUGCACAAGUAUUUGCGUUAAUUACAAUUACGUUGAGAAAACUGUUUAUGAAUCCUAGUCCUCGUCAGCUCCAGGAAUUUACUCGCCCAUCGCCAUUUGAUUAUGCACUAUUUUACAACAUUCUAAUCUUCUUUUUCACGAUCGGUUUGGUAUACUCGGUGAUCGCCCCGCUUGUGUUACCAUUUACCUUGGCUUAUUUUUUACUUGCAACGAUGGUGUUCAAAUACUUGUUAAUGUAUGUAUUCACUACUGAUGUCGAUACAGGAGGACAGAUAUGGCGCGUGCUGGUCAACAGAAUACUUGUAUCUUCGAUCCUGUUUCAAGUGGUUAUGAUCCUUGUACUGAACUUUAAAGGUGCGACCGGCCCUGCCUAUGCCAUGAUCCCGCUACCAGUUUUCACUGUUUUGUUCAAAUUUUAUUGUCGACGUACAUUCGAUCCACAUGUGUAUUAUAUCCAACGGCAUGGCGACGACGACGACAACAGCAACACAACUGAACGACAAGAGAAAAAGAGAAUUUCUGAGCGGCGACGAUCACGACAAAAAACAAGUAAUAGUAAUAAUAGUCAUUUCAACUUGAAACAUAACAUUCAACUACGAUUUGGUGAGCCAUCGUUUUUGAGCGAGCUACCCAUUCCUAUGGUUCAUGAGCGCGUUCGUCACUUGUUGCCUAAAUUGUACGGCGCAGCACAACAGCAGCAUGGGAGUACCACCAGCAGCAGCAGCUGUGGAUCCAAUCAUCAACAAGAACAACAGGAAGUGGUUCAUACGAGUGCAGUAAUGACACGACGUAAAACGGUACGACGUAUGGCUACGAUCCGACUCAAGCAACAUCAAGAGCUGCAGUUUCAAAGCGUCACUGACCAGGAGUUGGAAAAGGAUGAAUCGACCGAAGGCGUGAAAGGACUUUACAAGUUUGAUCAAGACGACGACGACGAAGUUGACGACAACGAUGAUGCUGAUGUUAUUAACAACACUGACGACAAUAGUAACCAGCAGAAGCAGCAACAACAGCGAGCCAUUGUAACAGCUAAUAGUACUAAACAAGACGACCAUGUGCUACGUGAAACAGCGAUUGCAAUGCCCGUGUCUGUGGCUACUACGACAACGACACCCCGUAGUAAUAGUAGUAGUAACAGCAAUAACAAACGUUUCAUCAGCAAGAAGAACGUCAUUCCGGACAAAUACGCUCCCACGCGUCCUCUCAUGCAGCAGCAGCAAGAGGAGGAAGAAGAUUAUGAUUUCGAAGAUACUAGUAGUACGAUGUAUGCCACUGCUUUGGGAAGUUCCGGUAUAGCACCACCACCAUCUCAUCAUAAUCAUCAGUAUCAUCACUAUCGAGAUGAUGGUGAUACGUUUGAAUUGGAAGAACGGUUUGUGGCAGGCGGCAGAUCUCAUCGGUAAUAACAAAUAGGAUCGGAUUUAAUUCCGAGCUCCCUCUCGCUCUCUCUCUCUCUUUCUCUACUCCUUUAUUGAUGUUACAUUUGUGGCGGGAAUUGCAGCGCCAUUAUUAUACAACAUAUAUACCCCGAAAGGACAGGCGUGCAUCAUAUUGAGACACGUCGAUAGACGUUCUCUCUCUCCCUCUUUUUUUUUGUUAUUAUAUGCGUCCCAGCUAACUAUUACUAUUAGUACUACAUCCUAUCUUGUUGUAACUCAUACAUAAUUCUCAAAUAAUAAUGACGAUAGCUUCUUCUAUCGAGAGCGCUG